AUGGACACAUUAACACAACUACCUCCAACUUCUAAUCAUAAUAAUGAAGAUGGUUUAGUAUUAGGAUCUCCUAUUCAUCAUGUACACAACAACAAUAACAACAAUACAUCCUUUGAAGAGAAACAACAACAACAAGAAGAAGAAGAUGAUGAUCACAAUUAUCCAUCACCAAAAAUUGAUUCUUAUUUCAAAGAUACUUCAUCACUUAAUGAAAAGUCAUCGGUACAUUCAACUGAUGAAUCUGAAGUACAAGAUGAAACUCUACUAGAAGAUCAAAUAGAACAACAACAACAACAACAACAAGAACAAGAGCAACAGCAACCAGAACAAGAACAAGAACACGAACAAGAACAGCAAGAAAUUAAAGACAGCCAUAACGACAGCCAACAUCACGAUGAAUCACAAGAAGAUCAAGAAGAUGAAGAGCAAGAACAACAUCAAGAGCAGGAAGUUGAAGAAGAGCAACAAGAGCAUGAACAAUCACAAGAUGAUCAAGCUUUUGAAGAAGUAAAUACAAGUGAAUCUGAUUCAGCACGAGAUAGUCAAAACAAACCUACAAGACUGCCAGGUAAUUUCAAUGUCACUGGUUUGAAACAAGAUGGUGAUGAGCAAGAUCAAUACAAUGAAUUAAAGAAUACUUUAAAUAAGACUGAAAGUUCAGAGUUUGCAUCACCAUCAUCAGCUAAUGGAUUUCAUUCUAAUCUGGAUUUAGUUGUUGAUCAAUCAGAUUCAAUUUUACAACAAUUAAGAGGUAAAGGACAAUCAGAAGAAUCUUUCAAGAAGAAAUCAAUAUUUCCUGCUUUACAUUCAAGAAUGAAUGAUCCAGAAUUACCAAAAAGACAUUUUGAAAAAGAACUUGAAUUAGAACAACAACGAUCAGAUAUUGGUAGUCCUGCUCUUUCAGAUUCUUCAGCAUUUCAAUUCAUAGAUACAAGAGAUGAAGUUAGUACUGCUAUUGCUGCUACUGCUGCUUCCAAUAGUCAAUCAAACAAUACCCAAGAAAAUGGAGUUUCAUCAUCUAACCUUGUCAAAUUUCGUUUACCUUUUGCUUGUUGA